UGGGCUACCUUGGACUAAGGUCCCCAUCAACCCUUACCUUUUUCAUUUUCUCCCCUGAACAAUGGGUGCAAUGUGCACCCAUAUGCAUAGGAAAAAGAAAAAAGCAGAGUUAAACAGAAGACUAGCUUCUGGAAGAAAAAAAUUUGACACAUCUUUGCCUGAUGGUACCAUCGCCCCAUCAGAUGACUCCUCGGUGUCCACAAUGACUGCCAACAAUACUUCAGGUUAUAAACAUCAAAUGAGCUUCCCUUGCUUCACAAACAUAUCAUGGAGCUCUUGCUACAAAACCUUCAAACUCAGCUUCACUAUUACCAACAUGUUUUACACAACAAAGAUGAAUCAAAAGGACACCAGAACAUUCAAGGCUGCUGAGCAUAUCCUACAAAUCUUGCUCAAGGUAUUGUUUGGAAGCAGCAAGCUUGGCUCUCAGUAUUGUGGAUGCAGUGGCCUUUCACUGAGGUCUCUGAAGAACAGCAUAGCAACUGGAGUAGAUAUACUCUGCACUUUCAAGAAGGACUCCUCCAACCUUGUCCUGGACAAAAAGGUGGUUUCCUGGGAGCUGACUGAACAGCUCUGUAGAAGAGAGCUAAAACACCUGGUUAUAGACAAUGAUAGCCUUAUUGUGAAUGGGUAUCAACAUAAGCUGCCAGGAAUCAGAUCCACAAAGAGAAGUGAGGUUGGUAUAGGACCUGUCACCCAUAUCCCAGACCAUGGAGAACCAGGAAAAAUCAUGACAUCACUGACUAGUGGCCUCCUGAUCCGUGAAUCCCCUGUAAAUGCUAUAGAGAGUGACAUUGGUGUAGGGCCCUUCACCCAUAUCCCAGAACAUGGAGCACCAGGAGACAUGACAUCAGUGACCAGUGAAUCUACUGUAUGUGCCAUGGGAUUCUCUACUGAGACUUCAGGGACACUGAAGAAAGUGAGUGGAUCUGACCAGGGAAGAGAACCAACAAACUCCACCAGUAUCCCUAUGACUGGCUUUAUCGGGAGAGAUUCCAUUGAUGACACUGAAAAGGACAUACGUGUCAUGGAGACAACUCCAAGAGCCACAGCCACUCAAGACCUACUUCUCACUGUGCCCACUGGAGAAGGUGACCUCAUCCCUGGGAUGCACAGGAGAACUGUGUCCUCUCCCACCGAAACCUCAGUUCCAUCUGAGAUAUCCUCUGGAGUCACCAUUGCCAUUGCAAGGACCUCACUCUCCAUGACUCCAGUAGAAAUCACAGCUAGGUCCGGCUACAGUGCUCCCUUAAACAUCAGCCUAAGCAGAAGAACAGCUUCCCUUGAGCCUGCUACUUCGUUGGAGGACCCAAGGCCAGCCGGCCUGACUCCAGAAACUGAGAGAAACCCACAGGCAACACCAACUCCAGCUAUCACCCUGCCUCCAGCCAGCACACAGGAAGUUUGCACAACAGCAUCUCCCAGUCCUCCUGACACAACCACAGAGGGCAGCAGUGUCCAGGCAGGGACAGCCUCUGUUUCUGAUCAGGUGCCUUCCACUUCCAGCCUCUUCCCAAGAGGUGAUGCUGGUGUGUUGCCAGUCACACAUGCCCAAGGCCAUGAUGCACCAGGAAGCACAGUAGCACCAAUAAGUAGCCCCCUGACCCCUGUGUCUACUAUUAUUCCCUCAGCAGCAGGGAGAUACAACUGGAAGAGCUUCACCCUUAACUUCACCAUCACCAACAUGUUUUAUACAACCAAGAUGGCUCAAAGGGAUUCCAGCACAUUCCGUCUUCCUGAAUUUUUCCUGCAGCGCCUGUUCAAGGUAUUGUUUGAAAGAAGCAGCCUUGGCUCUCAGUAUUGUGGAUGCAAUGUGACCUUGCUGAGGUCUAUGAAAAAUGGGGCAGCAACAGGAGUGGAGGUUAUAUGUUUUUAUAAGGAAGUUUUCUCUGUCCCCAUCUUGGACAAGAAGAAGAUUUACCAAGAGCUGAGUCAAGAGACUAAUGGAAUAACAAGGCUUGGACAUUAUAUUCUAGAUAAGAAAAGCCUCUAUGUGGAUGGGUAUAACCCUCAGAUGCCACCCCGCUCCACAAAAGAAUCAGUCUACCACCAUGGGACCAGAAGAUGGAGGAAACUCUACCGAAUGAAUGGGCAUCUGUUUCAAUCCAAACGUUUUAACAGAAGAGCCUACUGUGGCCAGUGCAGUGAAAGGUUAUGGUGUCUCGGAAGGCAAGGCUACAAGUGUAUCGACUGCAAAUUACUGGUCCAUAAAGGUUGUCAUAUUCUUGUAUCACAGACCUGCAAAAGGCAUAUGGAUUUGGUGAUGCCAUCCCAAGAACCUCAAGUAGAGGAUAAAAAUGAUAAAGAUGACCUUCCCUCCGAAGAAAAUGAUGGACUCGCUUAUGUUCCCUCAACCUGGAAACAUGACAGCCUUAAAGAUGAUUCUGGGGACAUUAAGCCAGUUAUCGAUGGGAUGGAUGGAAUUAAAAUAUCUCAGGGGCUCGGGCUACAGGACUUUGAUUUAAUCAGAGUUAUUGGACGGGGGAGUUAUGCCAAAGUUCUCUUAGUGCGAUUGAAAAAGAAUGACCAGAUUUAUGCCAUGAAGGUAGUCAAAAAGAAGUUCGUCCAUGAUCAUGAAAACACCAACUGGGUGCAGACAGAGAAGCAUGUAUUUGAACAGGCCUCCAGUAACCCUUUCCUUGUUGGCCUGCACUCCUGCUUCCAAACAAGAAGUCACUUAUUCCUUGUCAUCGAGUAUGUGAAUGGAGGGGAUCUUCUGUUUCAUAUGCAAAGGAAAAAUAAGCUUCCGGAGGAACACACCAGGUUUUAUGCUGCUGAAAUAUGUAUUGCUCUAAACUUUCUCCACGAACGAGGAAUUAUCUACAGGGACUUAAAACUAGAUAAUAUCCUCCUAGAUACUGAAGGUCACAUCAAAUUAACAGAUUAUGGCAUUUGCAAGGAAGGUUUGGGCCCAGGUGACACAACAAGGACUUUCUGUGGGACACCAAAUUAUAUUGCCCCUGAAAUCCUAAGGGGAGAAGAAUACGGGUUCAGUGUGGACUGGUGGGCUCUUGGUGUCCUGAUGUUUGAGAUGAUGGUAGGAAGAUCGCCAUUUGAUAUAAUCACAGACAAAUUGGACAUGGCCACUGAAGAUGACCUCUUCCAAGUUAUCCUUGAGAAGCCUAUUCAAAUCCCCAGAUUUCUCUCUGUCAAAGCUUCCCGUGUUUUAAAAGGAUUUUUAAAUAAGGAUCCCAAAGGGAGGCUUGGUUGCCAACCACAAACGGGAUUUUCAGAUAUCAAAUCUCAUACGUUCUUCCGUAGCAUAGACUGGGAUCUGCUGGAGAAGAAGCAAGCCCUCCCUCCAUUUCAGCCUCAGAUAACUGAUGAUUAUGGUCUGGAUAACUUCGAUACACAGUUCACCAGCGAACCUGUGCAGCUAACCCCAGAUGAUGAGAAUGUAAUAAAAAGAAUAGACCAGUCAGAAUUUGAAGGAUUUGAAUACAUCAAUCCUCUGUUGCUUUCUACAGAAGAGUCAGUGUGAAGAAAUGGCAUCUCCACUGUGGAUAAAUAAUGUGAAUGAACUAUUAAAUUUAUCCAUAACUACAGUAUAUGCAUGCAAGGCUGGGGAACUGUAAGGUUUUGAGUGGAGACCAAUGAUUUUUUAAAAAAUUGCUGCUGAAAAUCAAAGAAGAGAAUAGAUUUUGGUGGGUAUCUUCCUCUACGUAAUACUAGUUUUCAGUUUGGGGCACUGACAUGAUUGGCUUCUUUUCUGAGGGAAUGUGCACAUGUGCUUGCUUCCCCGAAAAAUCUCAUGUUUGUUACAUCCUCGGGAAAGGAAUGUUCAAACGACUUUGAAGGUGCAAACUUUCUGCAGAACAAAACUUGAUGCAAUGGCCAACAAUUUCAAGAAAAUUUGUGUAAUAUCCUGAAGAAUAAAAUGUUACAGUGGUGUUGAACCUCAAAAAAAAUUAA